AUGUCUGGAGAAUCGGUUAAGGUAGCCGUCCGAGUCCGGCCCUUCAAUUCCAGAGAGAAAGAUCGUGGUGCAAAAUGUUGUCUCGACAUGAUGGGCGCUUUAACCCAAAUCCGCGAUCCAGAAGCAGGAGCGGGUGCGCCUCCAAAAGACUUCACAUUUGAUUUUUCCUACUGGUCUCAUGAUGGGUGGAAAGAGGAUGAAAACGGGUAUUUACACCCUGCAAAUGAUAAAUACGCUGAUCAGAGAAAGGUUUUUGACGAUCUUGGAGCUGGUGUAUUGAAAAAUGCCUUUGAAGGUUUUAACUGCUCUUUGUUUGCGUAUGGACAAACUGGUGCUGGCAAGUCUUACUCUAUGGUCGGCUAUGGAGUUAACAAGGGAAUUGUGCCUAUUACUUGUGAUGAGCUGUUCAAGAGAAUUGAAUCCAACACUGACACAACAGUUAAAUUCCAAGUUACUUUCAGUAUGUUGGAGAUCUACAAUGAACAAGUCCGUGACUUACUUUCCAAGGAUAAUCCAAAAGGGGGUCUACAGAUUCGUCAAAACCCCAAGGAAAACUCCUUCUAUGUUCAAGGACUUAAGAAGGUGGCUGUUGGCAGCUACAAAGAAAUUGAAACCAGAACAGAUGAAGGAACGUCCAAUAGAACUGUUGCAGCAACACAAAUGAAUGCCACUAGCUCUCGUGCACACACCGUGGUGACAAUCCAGUUUGAGCAAAUUUCAAAGAAUGAGUCUGGACAAGAAACUAAGAAGAGUAGUAUCAUUAACCUUGUUGAUUUGGCAGGUAGUGAAAGAGCAGACAGUACCGGAGCCACAGGUGACAGGUUGAAGGAGGGAGCAAACAUCAACAAAUCAUUAUCUGCACUUGGUAAUGUGAUCUCCUCCCUGGCCGACCUCUCUAUGGGCAAGAAGAAGGUCUUGGUUCCUUAUCGAGAUUCAGCUUUGACCAAACUGCUGCAGAAUGCUUUGGGUGGAAACAGUAAGACUAUUAUGAUUGCUGCCUUGUCACCUGCCGAUAUCAACUAUGAUGAAACCCUAGGUACUCUCAGAUAUGCUGAUCGUGCCAAGAAAAUCAAGAACAAAGCUGUCGUAAAUGAAAAUCCUAUGGACAAAUUGAUCCGAGAGCUGAAGGAAGAAAAUGACAAGCUGAAGAAGGCAUUGGAUACAGGUUCCCUUGGGAUGGUUGCUGGAGGAGGGAACUUGUCACCUGAAGAGAUUGAAAAAAUGCGUAAAGAAAUGGAAGAACAGAUAAGAGCUCAACUUGAAGCGAAUAUGGACAGUAUGAUGAGCUGGGAUGAAAAGCUUCAAGUGUCCCGUACAGAAAAUGCUAGCUCUGAUUCCAGUGAGAAAGAGCAGAAGCUCAACACAAUUCCUCACAUCGUGAACCUGAAUGAAGACUCUUUGUUGUCGGGUGUCGUCAUACACUUCCUGGACAAAGAGGAGGUUACCGUGGGCAACAAGAAGGGUGAUCCUCCUCCAUCAAUUUUGCUGAGUGGACUGAGCAUCCAAAAACAGCAUGCAGUCAUCACAGUGAAGGAAUCUGAGAUCACCAUCAAACCUGCUACAACUGGCUCCAAAACCAAAGUGAAUGGAAUGCCGCUGACAGGGGAGACACCCCUUAAACACAUGGACAGGAUCUUGUUUGGUUCCAACCACAUGUACUAUUUAAAGAACCCCAAGAAUACUGAAAAAAGUGAAGGCUCCCCAGACAAGGUGGAUUGGGAUUUUGCACAGAAAGAAAUUGCAGAAGCCAAAGGAUUUGCUACAGCAUUUGGUUCUGGACUAUCCAAAGAACAACAGCUUGCUCAGGAGCAGGUUCUGGAGUUACUGCCAUUAGUAAGUGAAGUCAAUGCAGUCAGUGAGGAGUUGGACAAGGGAAAGACUUUUGAAGUGAUUCUGAUUUCUGGUGCCGCUCAAGGAAACACUACUUCAGGAACCAAAGUGGCAGUGAAAAUGAAGAGUAUGCUCAAUGGUAACGUUUGGCUUUGGGAUCGCGGUAAAUUCAUGAACAGAAGGUUUUUAAUCCAGGAGAUGUACCAGAAGUUUAUGGAUGGUGAAGAUGUAUCGAAGAUCCCAAAAGAACAGGAUCCAUUCUGGGAAGACGUGGAGGAUGUGUUGAUCGGCACAGCAAACCUGUUCCUGCAGAGUCUGGGGUUUGCUUUGGACUUUGAUGACAAGCUGACUGUAACAGAUUACAAGGGCUCGGAAGAAGCCACGUUGGUGGUGAACGUGACUCCAUGUACCCAGACAGGAAAACCUUUAGACGAGGACAACUUCGUGGAAAAUCCAUCAGAAUUACUUGACAAACCUUAUCACUUUAAGGUGACCAUUCGUACUGGUGAAAUACACAAGUCACGGUUUAGUAAAGGCAUCUAUGUCAAGUACAAGACAAAAGCAGACGAAGAGUACACUGUCACAGACACCAAAGUCAACACUCUUUCGCCAGAGUUCAACAACACCAAGAUAUUCUCCAUUCCCAAAGUAACACAAGAAACUCUGGAAUGGUUUGAUUCGGGAUGUAUAACAUUCUUGAUGUAUGGUCGACAAGAGGACAGUGUGGCUGAUCCAAAACUCUCGAAGAUGACCACCAAGGAGCUGCGCCAGAUGGAACAAAUCAAAGCCAGUCCAGGGAUGGGUCCUCGAAGCAUGACCAUAGUAGGAGGUGAUGUGGACAGUGCUCAACUGAAAGCUGAAUUGGUGCUGAUGAAAAGGAAAAACGAAAGAUUAAUCAAGAAAGAGAAACGAAUACAGGACCUCUGUGAAGAAUGGGGUAAGAAGCCUCCAGCYGAGCAGCAGUUCGAUGCCUUUCAUCGUGCGAUAUCCGCGGCUGCCAAUUAUCAAAGUGGCCGUCUCAAGUAUCGCAUCCACAUGCUGACAACGGUUCUCAAAGCGCAAAAAGGAGUGACAGCAAACGGAGGAGAGCUCAAGCUAGAUCAGAAACAACCUCCAGGCAGCCGUGCAUGUAACUUGAUGUAAAGUGUAUUAGAGAGUAGAUCAACUGUAUAAAAACCCUACGUGAAGUCAGUACCACCCAAGAGUAGCGUCCGUCCCUUGAUGUAAAUGGCAUAAUCUACGUAUCACUACAAUGUUAGUCAACAUUCUAGGUAGCAUCCUACAACGCAGAUCACAAAGCCAGCAGGGUAUCAAUUAUCAUUCUAACAUUUUAUCAUAUGAAUUGAUAGCUUAGAAAACAUUUGGUAGUUCUAUGCCAACUGAAAUUACCAAGAACUCGAGUGAGUUCUAGACGGGAUGUUGCACAAGGAUUUACCAAGGUACAUGAGGCAGACCAUUGACUCUGUUUCUACAUUUCUUUUUUAUGGUAUUGUCACGUGAUUAUAUCGAUCUGUUUGAUAUAUCCCAUAAUAGAGGUCUUGCCCUAUCACGUGAUGUCCGCAGCCAUGAAAGGAGGCAGGAACAGUGGCCCACUUCCGAGUUAUGCUUCGCUUGUCACGCACAAAGGUUUCAGUAUGAGGCUACGUGCUAAAUGCUCAGUCAUUCGUGACAGGCGGUAAAAAUAAAUUUAAUUUAGCAUGUAGCCUCAUACUAAAACCUUUGUGCGUGACAAGCGAAGCAUAUCUCGGAAGUAGGCUAUUGAAUCGGGUCUACACUUUAAAAAAUUCAUUUUCCCAAGAGAGAACGAGUCUAUUGCUGUGCCUCCUGUCAUGGCUGCCUGUUAGAUGGCAGAACAAUAGAAUACCUUUUUCUCUAGGAAAUCGACUUCUUUCUUAUUUAAAACGAUUGUAUUGUUCCUGUCAUCCAACAUGGCUGCCGUCACGUGGUGGUGCAAAACCUCUAUUGGGCUUCCUUUGCUCUUUUUAUGCGUCUAAAUUUUGGAGCUUAACAUUAUAUCUGUUUUUUUUCUAUAAUAUGCAUGAUAAACACAUCGGCUACCAUGCAUAUAGUUGGGGCAGGUCCCCCUAAUAUGACUAAGUGAAUCUUUUCCAAAGUGGAUCGUAUUAUACUGUUUUCUUCAUGGCCCAAGAUCUAAUCCCUGGGGCACACCAUAACUUCCUUUUUUCCCUCAUUGGUCUCACAGCCAAGUAUUGGACAUUACUUAGGAUUAUGCUUUCCUUUUUAUGUACCUGCGUUGCCUAGCAACGUUGAUAAACGUAAUUUUAUUUAAAAGUAGUGUAACCGCAAGGUUGACUUUCGUAGACCUUUCGCAAGGUACAGUUGAGUGGUCAAUGGAUCUAAAUUUACUUAACAUUGGCUUUUUUCUUAUUGGACUACUGAACGAUGAGAGACUCAAAUGUGCUGAUAAAUCAGACAAUCUUUACACCGAAUCAAAAUAUGGCGACCAAUUUGAAUAACUAUUGAUCUGGGCUUACUACCCUCUCAUACAUGUGGAAACACUUUAAUGUUUCCACGUGAACGCGAGGCUAGUCAGUGUAGAACAAUAGUUAUUUAACUUGGUCGCCAUAUUUUUGUGUUGUUUUAUUUUCAAAUCGUCCAAUAAAAUAGUGUAAGGUAACCACGAUGCUCAGUACACGAUUGCUGGGUUUCACUUGACGUCAUUUCCUGUCUCGUGCGGAAUGUUUAUCAGCUGAAUCACAAGUUUUCAAUAUAAUUCUUUCUGGUUGACAGCACAUGGUGGUCAGUGUUUGAGCACCAUUUGGAGCAGAUAAUGAGAUUCAAGGACUUUAAUCAGUUGAUUGAAACCCAGCAAUAGAGUGCAUACUAAAAAUCCACGAAAAAGUUAACUAACAAAGUUGUACAAAUUAGUGCAAAGGUCUACUGGACUUACUAAGGCACAUGAACUGGACCAUAUUACAUCAAAGAAGACCGCCUUGUUAUCCAUUGUUUCUACUUGGUUUGGCUGGUGUAAAAUUGAUGGUUUUCAACCAUUCCCAAGAGAAUUAAAUAACAAAAGACACGGCGGCCAUGUUGGAGGAUAUAACAAAAUAAUUCAUUGACAAAUCUUUUGUUAAGUUCCUCCAACAUGGCCGCCGUGAAAACCAUCAAUUCGAUGUUUGACCCGAGCCAAAUGUGUGCAAUUUCUUACGAAAUUUUUUACGGAUGUAUGGUAUGCACUCUACCAUGUAUUCGAACCGAGACAUUAGAUAGUGCAUGUGCAAAUGUCCAUUUGACUGUGUCUUGAGAAAGGUCAAUAGACUGUUUUCUCAAGGUUGCGAGCGCAUCCAACUUGAACGUGCCACAAAACUGAAAAAAAGGCAAAUUCAGUAAAAUUGAGAAGCCAGUUUUAUAUUUAAAAAGGAUCAUAAUCGAUUUUAUGUAUUCUCAUUGAAAAAUGUAUAAGAAUACUGUGUUCUGGCAUCGUGGCCCGUCAAGUUCCUUAAAUUUGGAUGCGCACGCAACCUUGAGAAAACGAUAUAUUCCUCUUAUUUCAACUUUACUUUACUAUAUUUUUUUGACGACUGUUUUUGCAAUCUUUACGUAUAAAUCUAUUUUUCUAA